AUGGCAGCUGGAGUGGCCACAUGGCUGCCUUUUGCCCGGGCAGCAGCCGUGGGCUGGCUCCCACUGGCCAAGAAUCCCAUGCCGAAGCCUCCCAUUGACAAGAAACGCCGCAGCGAUGAGAUCUUGGUGGUCAAUGUCAGUGGGAAACGCUUCCAGACGUGGAAAAAUACCUUGGACCGCUAUCCAGAUACCUUGUUAGGCAGCUCAGAGAAGGAGUUCUUCUUUGAUGAAGAUACCCAGGAGUACUUCUUUGAUCGUGACUCAGAGAUGUUCCGUCAUAUCCUCAAUUUCUACCGUACUGGCAGACUGCAUUAUCCUCGCCAUGAAUGCAUACAGGCUUUUGACGAAGAGUUGUCUUUCUAUGGCAUUGUCCCAGAGCUGAUUGGUGACUGCUGCUUGGAGGAAUACCGGGACCGUAAAAAAGAGAAUGCCGAACGCCUUGCGGAGGAUGAAGAAGCGGAGAUAGCCACUGACACCGGCUUGCCACCGGAUAGCACGUUCCGUCAACGGCUCUGGAGAGCGUUCGAGAACCCCCACACCAGCACCAUGGCGUUGGUGUUCUAUUAUGUGACUGGGUUCUUCAUCGCAGUGUCGGUCAUCGCAAACGUGGUAGAGACCAUCCCAUGUCGGUCACCUCCUGGAAGAAAGAGAAACUUGUCCUGUGGAGACCGGUUCCCGAAUGCUUUCUUCUGCAUGGACACAGCUUGUGUCCUCAUCUUCACCUUCGAGUAUCUCAUGCGCCUCUUUGCUGCCCCGAGCCGAUUCAAGUUCAUGAAAAGCGUGAUGAGCAUUAUUGAUGUGGUCGCCAUCAUGCCGUAUUACAUCGGGUUGGUGAUGCCGCAAAAUGAAAACGUCAGUGGGGCCUUUGUGACUCUCAGGGUCUUCAGGGUCUUCCGUAUCUUCAAGUUCUCGCGUCACUCGCAAGGACUGAGGAUUCUGGGCUAUACCCUCAAGAGCUGUGCCUCCGAGUUGGGCUUCCUCCUCUUCUCGCUCACCAUGGCCAUCAUCAUCUUCGCUACUGUGAUGUUCUACGCAGAGAAGGGGACCCAUCCCACCAACUUCACCAGCAUCCCUGCUGCUUUCUGGUACACAAUUGUCACCAUGACGACACUUGGCUAUGGUGACAUGGUGCCCAGCACCAUUGCGGGAAAGAUCUUUGGCUCCAUCUGCUCGCUCAGUGGAGUGCUGGUCAUCGCCCUCCCAGUCCCUGUCAUUGUGUCCAACUUCAGCCGCAUCUACCACCAGAACCAGCGGGCGGAUAAACGGCGGGCUCAGCAGAAGGUUCGUUUGGCCCGGAUCCGGCUGGCCAAGAGCGGCACGACCAAUGCUUUCCUGCAGUACAAACGGAAUGGAGGCCUAGAGGACAGAGACCCUGAUGCGCACUCCUUGGUUGUGCGCAACCGAUCGGCCUUUGAACAGCAGCACCAUCACCUCUUGCACUGCCUGGAGAAAACCACUAGCCACGAGUUCACCGAUGAACAUACCUACAGCGAGUUCUGCCUGGCUGACCCCCUUGGCUACCGCACCAGCCGCAGCACCUCUCUCUCCUCCCAGCAAGGGAGCAGCGGCAAGGGGAUACUCAGCACCUCUUGCUGCCCUCGCCGCACCAAGCGCCGCACCACUCGCCUCACCAACUCCACCAUGUCCAUGAGCCGCGCCAGUGCUCAGGAACUGGAUACGUUGCAAAGUCAGAAGAGCAUCGCCCCACAGAGCCGCUCCAACCUGAAUGCCAAGACCCACGACAACUUCAAGCUUAACUGUGAUGCCACAGACUUCACCGCGGCCAUAAUCUGUAUCCCCACGCCUCCAGCCAACACCCCAGAUGAGAGCCGGCCCCCCUCACCUGGAGGCCCAGGCGGACCCCUGCGCAAUUCCAGUCUCUCCACCCCCUACAUCCUCCAUGAGACUGUGAAGAUCUCCUCCUUGUAA